AUGGCCAUUGUUCCUUAUGUUGCACCGAUAGAUGUCAAGCAGGGCGAUGACUCCGACCGUGAGACUUGUAGCAGGGCCGCAGAUUCAUUGAUUGUACGUGGUGUAAUGGCACGUAAGGAUCGGAAGAGAAAGAAGAAGCCUGAAUUCGUGACACCUGUGUCGACACCGCGAAUUGAGAAAGCGAGAAAAACACGGAGGGCGAAAGGAAAGUCAGCGGUCGACGUCAAUAAUGAGCAGGAACCAUUUGUCGUCGGCGACGAUGGGGACUCGGAUGCUAAGGUUGUAGCAGACCCUGGAGCACAAAAGUGGGAGGGAUAUCGCAAUAAUGGCAGCUACUGUGGAAAGGGUUCCUUAUCUGAGGAUGAGACGAACACCAUUGAACAUUUUCUCGCGUCAUUCGCUGGCGUCGUGUCUGUCUCGUCCGAUGCCGUUUUAGAACUACUGUUUGACGAAGCUGUGAAAGGCGAAGUCAUCGACGCGUACCUAUAUCAUCUAUGCAGCAAUGAAUAUCAGCUCCAACACAAUCCGCAGGUGCGGUGUGGUUGUGUGCCAUGGUUCGUAGCGAAAGCCGUGAACGACGCGCUAUCACGACCAAGCAGGGGAGCGAAAAAGCCGAGCAUCAAUAAGGGUAAUGUACUCGCGUUUGCCAACUCGCUGCAAGUGACCGUAGGCCAAGAGAUUGCCGGAAUCAUGGACAAAAUCCGGUCUGGGUGCCGGUACAUAUUUCUACCCGUACACACCCGGUUCCACUGGCAUCUCUGCAUACUGGAUACCGUCAAACGUGUUGUGUUGGAGUGUAACUCAAUGCGCGACCCCUUCGGCCAGGGGAAUGCAAAGAAAUUGACGCGAUUUUUAUCGUUGUAUAUGAACGCGUCACGACUAUGGCCUAUGGUCAGCGACAUGCCCGAGUACAUUAGAUGCCGACACCAGGGUGAAACGUUGGACUGUGGACCUUUAGUCUGCAUGUUCGCAGAGUGUUAUGCGCGGGCAGGUCCAGAUGUCAAUCUCGUUGGUGUCCUCGGCGAGGACUUCGGCGAUGUCAAGAGCUACCGAGGCACGAUUGCAGCGAGGAUAUUGAAAGGUCCCCCCUUCUGA